AUGGCAUAUUUUACACGUUUUGUUUCAUUUGAAGAUAAGUUCAAUACGAACUUAUUUACGUUUAUUCUUCCAAGUUCAUUUUUAUUGGGAACAGAAGAAAAAUUAAUAACACGAGAAUUUUUCUGUCGAAAUAUUCCAUUUGUAUUAACAUUUGUUAAAAAUGGUGAUCAAUUGAAUGCAUUUCUACUACAUCGUAGUCGUGAUACAGAAGCACUUGAAAUGACACUUGAUUUAAGUGUUACAUUAUUAUGUCGUGAACAUUUUACACGUAAUGAAUCAUUCAUUGAGAAAGCUUGUAAAUUUACAAAUAAAGUCACAUUACAUGGACGAAAAUCUUUUACAUCAAUAAAUCGUUUAUGUUCAGUUGAUUUUAUGGAUGAACGUGGAAAUAUUCAAUGUGAACUUGAAAUAAAAAAUCUUCUUGUUUCAUAUUUAACUGAAAUACAACUUCCACCACAACUAAUUAAUCCACAAUAUGCACAUGUUCAAUCAGCAACAAAUCGACAACCAUUAGAUGCUAAAAUCGAAACACCAUCAUUUUAUUAUUCCAAUUAUGAAUGGUGUGUUGUUAUACAACCUAAACUUGAUAGUGUUGGACAACUUGGACAUUUUCGAUUAUUUAUACAACGUUUAACACCAUGUGAUCAUUCAGUUAAAUUAACAUAUCGUGUUAAAAUAACAGCUGGAACAUUUAUAUGGGAUCCAAAUCAAGAAAAAAAAUUAACGAAUCCCAAUGAUACUAAUCUAUAUGAAGUAAAUUAUACCGAUAUUCAUGGUUUAUGUCGACCAUAUAGAAUUGAUCGUGUACGUGAAUUACUUCAAGCUAACGGAAAAUUUACACUUACUGUUGAACUUAAAGAUGCUGUUACUGUCUUCCCAAUUAUUGUCGAUCCAUUUGUACCAAGUCCUAUUCCAGUACCUUUUCUUGAUAAAGAUCAACAAGCAUGGACUGUUGAAGCUUAUAUUGAAGAACAGUGUUUUAUAAUACGUCUAUAUUAUUCGGAUAUAUUUAAAAUUCCAGCAAAUUAUUUACGUUCAAUAUGUUUUAAUAUAACUGUACGGAAUCAUCGUGAUACAAAAACAACUACAAGUGUUUUUCAAAAACCUGUUACAAAAUAUUAUUCACAAAAAGAUAGUGAUGAAGGUUUAGAAAUUAGUACAACAUUAGAUGUUGAAGAAUUAACUGAACGUGGUUAUUUAAAUGAUCAACAUAGUGUAACAAUCGAAAUUGAAAUCUUUUUUUCACAUCUAAUGUUUGCACCUGAAUAUUCACCACUCGAUGAUAUUGUACGCAAACAAAAACAACAGAUUAUGCGUGAAUUAUUAGCAGCUCAAAACGAAAAUUUUCAAUUAGAAAAAAAAUUACAUGAAUUACAAAUGACAAUACAAAAUCCAUCUAUGGCUAAUCGUCUUUCUGAUUACGGUAAUGGACCAGCAUCAGCAGGAGUUCCUGGUGGUUCAAGUACACCAGCAACACCUGAUGUUGUUCGUAAAUAUUAUGAAAGAAAAUAUGGUGAAAAAGGUUCAACAACAAAUUUACUUGCAACAGGUACAAAUAAUCCACCAUUAUCAACGCAAAAUAAUACGCCAAGUUUUGAUGCUGGUCAAACAAAUCCAAAAACAUUACCUGUACGUAAUGGAGCUGUACCUAGUAAAGCUGCAGCAGCAGCAGCAGGUGUACCACCACCUAAUGUUACGGGUGGUGCAAGUGGUUCAACCACUUUCAAUCUACGAAAUAAAUUACCAAAUUCUAUACAAAAUACAAUAGCAAAUACAAGUCAAUCAUUACAAUCAAAAUUACCAGCUAGUUUACAAAAGCUACCAGCAAGUUUCACACAAGGACCAACAAUGAAUAUGCUUGCAAGCAAAUUUCAAAAUGCUUUUUCUUAG